AUGAGCGAUCUUACCGUGGCAACAACGAAACCGACGAAAGAAGGGGGAACAUCCUCCAUAAAGUGUCCUAUACUAAACGCUACAAACUACACCGUGUGGGCCAUGAGAAUGAGAAUUCUGCUUAGGGUACACAAGGUCUGGGAGAUUGUGGAAGAUGAAGCCGAGGGUGAUGAGAGGAACGACAUGGCUAUGGCCUUAUUGUUUCAAUCAAUCCCCGAGACACUUAUCUUACAGGUUGGCGAGCAUAGCACAGCAAAGAAAGUAUGGGACACAAUAAAGGCGAGGUACGUCGAAGCGGAGAGAGUAAAGGAGGCUUGUUUGCAGACACUAAUGGCUGACUUCGAUCGUCUCAAGAUGAAAGACACCGAGACGAUAGAUGAUUUUGUUGGAAAGCUAUCCGAAAUAUCAUCAAAAUCGGCUAGUUUGGGUGAAGAGAUUGAAGAACCUAAGAUGGUUAAGAAGUUUCUUAAGUGUCUUCCCCGAAAGAAAUACAUUCAUGUAGUGGCUGCACUGGAGCAAGUACUGGAUCUCAAAACAACCUCUUUUGAGGACAUUGUGGGACGUCUUAAAGCAUAUGAAGAGCGUGUUACAGAGGAAGAAGAAGAACAAGAUGAUCAGGGCAAGUCGAUGUACGCAAGCAACGAGUCACAAUCAAAUCGUGGUGGUUACCAUGGAGAAAAUCGUUACAGAGGCCGCGGAGGAAGAUAUCAGAACAGAGGACGAGGACGAGGAAGAUACUAUACUCCUCGUGAUGCAACACGAGUGACAUGUUUUCGGUGUGACAAGUUGGGUCACUACGUGACGGACUGUCUUGAUCUCAAGCUGAAACUCCAGGAGGCACAAGAAGUAGAAAAAGAUGAGACUCAAGAGGCUGAAGAGCUUAUGCUCCAUGAGAUCGUGUAUUUGAAUGAAGAGAAGGUGGUCCCAAGGAAGUACGAAGCGAGCAAUGAGGAAGAUAACAUCUGGUUUGGCGACGACUCACGUAUUGACAUCAAAGGAAAAGGGUCCAUUGAAUUCUUAGACCGUAAUGGAGAGACAAGAAAGAUCCUAGAUGUCUACUAUAUACCAGAACUAAGGAGUAACAUCAUCUCAUUAGGUCAGGCUACAGAGUCGGGGUGUGAUGUAAGGUUGAAGGAUGAAUAUCUCAUAAUGCAUGAUCGAGAAGGGAAGCUGAUUGUUAAAGCCGCUAGGUCGAAGAAUAGACUAUACAAGGCUCGAAUGAAGAUAAAGGAGACAAUGAGCCUACUAACAACUGAAACAAGUGAAUCAACAAGGUGGCAUUCGCGGCUACGGCACAUAAACUUGGAGACAAUGCGUUCAAUGGUUCAACGAGGGCUCGUUGUUGGUGUCCCCACAGUGAAAAUCGAGAAGAAUGUAUGA